AUGACCUCUGACAAAGGCAAAGGGAAGGCCAUCACCCCCUCCAAUAAAGAUGAGAAAGAAAACACCCGACCAAAUGAAGAUGAUGGAACGCAGGAAAAGAGCAGUUUUGCAAGCCGAUUAGGCAGCUCAGCCGCGCAGUUGUCACGCUCCCUCUUUGCCGGCGGACCAGAAGCUACGGACAUUAGUCGACUGGCAUCGUCCACAAGCAGCAAGGGUGGCGCCUCGGGGGCUACAGCUCCUCCAGUUUCGGGCGAAAGCACGUCUACUGCCCCAAACCUACAUCAUGCUUCUAGCAACACCAAUCAACCUGUUUUCCGGACACGGGACUUUAAUGAAGUCGAUGAGCAUGCCAGCCGCGCCGAAGCAGAAUUUUCGACAUUUUUGGACGGGACAAGUGUGACUGUACCAUCUGAAUCGGGAAACCUGGAGGCUUCAUGGACUCCGAUCAUACCAUCCGAGCCUAUAGACAGUCGCGAUGCAAACUCCGGGUUUUCCAUGUAUAGCGGUUCAAUCGCUGAGCAAGAGGCUCAUGAUGGAGCGCAAGUGGUGGAUCUCCUUUCACAAGAUGAAGUAUAUGAGAUGGACGCCGAUUUCGAACCACAACCGUCCAGAGAAGACAUGGCUAAGUUACGGCGGGCACUUUUCGGGGACGAUUCCUCUGGCAACGAGACCUUGCUGCAGACGUGGGACAGCGUUCUCAACUUCAUACCUGAUUUUGUCCGACCCGAUCCAGGUGCGGCGCCUGGUGCCGUGAAUCAGUUCAAAUCGACAGAAUCACAGGCUGUGCUUGGAGUAACACAUGGUCCCGAAGCAGAGAGCCUAUGGGUGGAACAGUGGAUGGACGUCCUUACAAGGUAUAACGACGAAGUCUGGGGUGAUCUGGGCAGCCUUGUCGAACAAGCCAAACAGGAGCUAAAGCAGCUUGAUGAUGCAAAACCCGAGAAUGGAAAUCCUGCCCCUAAAGCUAUUCGGAGGUUACAGCAGAUAUUGGGCCACGUGCGUACAGCCAAACUGUAG